AUAAAUGGGUGACUGUUUUAUUGUCGUCAUGAGAAGCACAAAUGGCAUGAGACAGAGUUGUUUUUUAACAGUAUACCUAUUCACCUUAGUCAAAGGAGUGGUAAUGAUCAACCGGCAGGUUUUCCAUCACAUUUGACAACUGUACAAACGCCCUUUAUCUUCAGUCUUCAGACUGUGGCUUGUUUUGUGCCAUUUAAAACGAACAGGAAAUAGAGAUGGCUUUCAUUAAAUAUUUAUAGACAAAACAUGCAGCAUUCAGACCUGUUGCGGGAGGUAGGCCUGAACUAAUCAACGGGGUGUUCUGUUUAUUACAAAAUAACGGAGGUGACAGACACCCUCUGGGCCGUCUGAAGUAGUCGCUGAAGAUAUGUAGUGAAGAUAAGAUUUAAAUUUCACACCCCUAAAUUGUCUGGCUUUCGAAAACAAAACGGGUUGUGUGGCCUAUUCCCACGCGACCCCCACCCUCCGCCUUUUCUGUCACUCUGCCAAAAAAAUGUGAAACGCAACCCGAGCACCCGGUCACAGAGAGGAGUUAUUUUAAAACUUAAAACUCAGCUACCUCGGAAGGAAGGAUCAUGGAAGAAACAGCGCAUGGACUGUCCAGAGAGGGGAACUAGCCUUGUUGUGCUACACACAGCGACAGGAGAGUAAAAUGAGCGAACGGGUUCCACUGAUGAUCCUCCCUUGUUUAAGGUCUAUUGUUCUGUCGCCAGCCGUGCGUCUCCAAUGUCGCUACCAGUAGUCCUGCCAGGAUCGUGUUGUCGUGUUAGCAGGGUGUCGCUCGCCCCUACGCUGGGGGAUCCAUCGUACAGAGGUCGCAGCCGCUGCAUUCCCACCCCUGGAUCUCGUAUGCCUGGAUCUCAGUCGCGAAUCAUUCCGGCGCUGCUACCCGGGCGCCCGCUGCUCUCGCUGGGAUUGCUGCAGUUGGCGCUCGGUUGCUCCAUGGUGGCUCUUUCCUUCGGGGCUCUGUCCCUCAGCAACUCGCCUCCUGUGCGGAAUUCGUGCCCGUUCUGGGCAGGCUCAUCAGUCAUCCUCUCAGGGAUCAUUGGCCUUACAACAUGGCGGCGACCAAUGCUGCUUUUGGUGAACCUGUUCAUCCUGCUGUCGGUGGUGUGUGUGCUACUGAACCUGGCGGGUUUCAUCCUCUGCUGCCAGGGGGCACAGCUGGUAUCCAGCAUGACCAACUGCCAGCUGAGUGAGCUUGGGGACAUCUGCAACUGCUGCGCUGAAACUCCCACCACAAAGUGUGAGGAGGACAAAAUGCUGAAGAUAUACCCAGGCUACUCCUGCAAUACCAUGCGAAUGCUUCUGAAGAAGGUCAUGUUUGCGCUGUGCGCUCUGAAUGCUGUGACCACUGCUGUGUGCCUGGUAGCCGCAGCGCUGCGCUACCUGCAGAUCUUCAGUGCCAGGAGGCCCUGCAUGGAGGAGCCCAGGCCAGCAACGGAGGAUGUGGAGGCAGAGGAGCAGACUCGAGCCCCCGACCCGGACGAGUUUGUGCCGCCCGCCCCUCCCCCAUCCUACUUCUCCACCUUCUACUCCUAUACUCCGCGACUGGCUCGCAGAAUGUUUGGUGACAGUGUGAUUCCCCUGCCCCACAUAUAUGGUGCGCGGAUCAAAGGCGUGGAGGUCUUCUGUCCUCUCGACCCCCCUCCCCCGUACGAGGCUGUUCCAGGAGUCUCCACAGCCUCCCCAGGCUCCCCAGCCUCCCCUGCUCAGGAGACACAGAUCCAGAUGACUGACCUCACAGAUGGGCUGACGGAAAGCUCGGACACCGCGUCGUCCAUCAAUGACAGCAGCUGCCUGCAGACGGCGACCUCUUCCGCCUCCGCCCCAGCAGCGGCGGGUCCGGCGGUGCCCCAGCCCCCCAGCAGGAGGGCCCAAAAGCAGCAGCAGCAGCAGCAGCACCUACGCAGGUCCAGCAGCGACCCGGUGCUUCUGGACCUGGCAUUUAAAGUAUUGAGCUGCGAGGCAGCCACCCAGACAGACACGGGGGUGCCGGCACCCCAUAGCAAAGCUAACGCCAGGCAGGCCCAGGCCCAGGCCAAGGCCCAUGGAGGUGGCCAGACUCAGGGUGGCGGCGGCGCCGCCGCGUCCUCGUCCUUGGGGGCGGUGGUGACCCUGCGUCGUGGCGGCAAGGGCCCCCGGCGGCCGCGGCCCUCCUCCAUGGUGGACUACCAGAGCUACCGGGACACCAAGCUGUUGGUGGCGCGCUUCCUGGAGCACUCGUCCUCCUGGAGCAGCCUGGCGCCCGAGGUGCAGGAGCUGGUCAACAGCAUCAAGAGCAUGCUGCACGCAGACGAGGAGCACAUGGAGGAAGCCGUGCGCUGUGCCAGCUUCAUAGACCAGGUCAUCAUAGGGUCAGAGGGCCCGACCUCCCGGCCUGCCGCUACUCCUACCCCCACUCCUCCUGCCCUGCUGACCCCCUCCACCACCUCCACCACCUCCUCCUCAUCCACUGUGGCUGCCGCCCAGGCGGUGACCGCUGCCUCUGGGGCGGGGGCACUGGCGGUGUCUCCGGGAUCCCUCCUGGCACAGACACUGCCCCGCAGGAAGCGGCCGGGCCAGCUGCACCUGAGCAGCUGCGGGGACCUGAGCACCUUCACCUGGGCCGAGCUGCAGCUGGGCGGGUCGGUGGACCGGCGUCGGCCGGGCUCCCGGGCCGCCAGCUCCAGGAUGGGCUCCUCGUCCAGGUCGGGGAGCUCCAGGCUGGGCUCCAGGGCGGGGAGCUCGCGACUCGGGGAGCAGGACCGGCCGCACAGCCUGAUUGGGGUGUUCAGGGAGACGGUGCUGUGAGUUGCUGGGGCGUACACUGACGUUUUAACCAAACCCCUGCCAUCCCCAAAGCCUCUAAACUUAAAACCAUCCCCAACGCAAACUUGUGGAAGCCAAACUACUACUACUACUACUACUACUACUCACACAGGGAGACUGUGAGUGCUGUGAGUGAGUAGAACUGUGAUUGGCAAUGUCAACCACCAUCCUACCUUAAACCAACCCCAACACAGCUUUGUGUAAGCCCAACCUCCCACUCACCGAGGGAGAGAGCGCUGCGAAUAGAGUGACAGCGCUGCAAACCCCAAUUCCAAACCUUUAUUGGAACUUCCACUCACCAAUAUGGUGCGGUGAGUGAUUGGCACUGAUGUGAUCCCUUUCUGCUACCCCGACCCCCACCACACCCCUGACCCUGACCCGGACCGAAAUUCACCCAGCCAGUCCUCCCAACACAACCCUGUGGCAGCCGAACCCUACCCUCACCUCGUGCCCUCUCUGCUGCCCUUUCACCUCUCGCCACAGUUGCCCACAUGCCCACUAAAGAGACAGUUUUGUAUUUCAAAGACUCACGGCUGUGACUGGGCUGGUGGCAUGUGUUUUAUUGGACAGCAAUGCAUUGUUUAAAGGUUUUUUUUUCUUUUUUUAAAAACUUGGACUGUUUUUAUUAGCCCAGCUAAGGAGGCUGUUGUUUUUAGUUCUCGGUGUGGUUGUUUGUUUGUCAGCAGCUCA